AUGGCCUUUACAAAGACGUACUUCCUAUGUCCGACAUCUGACUUCAUCCAUCCGCCACCCACCGGCCCGCUAUGCCUCGGUUCUAUAAUUCGCUCGACAUCAUCCCCGCAAUACCCUCUGAACAGAGCCAAAACCGUUGCCGUUGCUGACGCGUUCCCACCCGUCGUAGAAACCGACUGGAAGAAGACCGUUUCAACCGAAAAGGGCGUCGGUUUGGGUGUUUACGCACAGUUCCUACAGCUCGCUACCGGAGGGUUGCCCGUCGGUCCCGAAGUCAACGUCGCACACUCGAACAAAACAAAGAGCAUAUUUGCAUUUGACACGGUGACGACUCUGGCGUUUGAGCCGACGCAAGAGUAUGUGCAAGAAGCCGUCAAGGCACCCACCGUGCAGACAUGGCUGAGGGAGCCUAAGCAGAAAUUCGCGCCUGUUGUCUCGCUGUUUCUCGUCACGGGCAUGAAGCUCGUCAAAGGCGCGAGGAUCAAAUACUCGACUUCGCAGAGCACAAAGGUCUCUGGGAAUAUUGGUAUUGAUGUGCCUGCGCUGGCUACAACUUUUGGCCCGAAAGGGCGCUGGGACAACACGAAUGAUGAUGAGACGGAGAUUAAUCGCGAGUCUGAGUUUGUGUUUGCGUUCCGUGUCAAGAGGCUCAAGUUUGGGCGGAAACUCGCCGUUGAAGAGUAUAAUAAGGGUGCCUUUCUGGCUAUUGGCGACGAAAAAGAAGACGGUGUAUCUGUUCUGGUGGAGGACGUAGAUGGGUCUGAUAUCAAGACUGCGAUAGCCGUUCCUGAUGAGGCCGAGAACGGCAUUGUCUAUUGCGUCCCUACUUGA